AUGCGUCACGGUUCGUACACGUGCAGUCUUGUUGGCUGCUGUCAGCGCAGCCGAUUUCUCAACAAUCAGGGUAGUCCUACCGUUCCUCUGCAGCACAAAAACAUUGUUGUAAAACCUAUAUUAUCCAAAGAUUUUAAUGUUCGUGGGCAAGUUGAUUUGAUUGAUUUUCAAUCGACACCAAGUGGUAGUUUUAAAUGGCUUUUAAACUACCAAGACCACGCUACAAAAUAUUGUCAUUUACGUCCAUUACAAUCAAAAAGAGCUUCAGAAGUAGCAUUAGAGCUUCUUAAGAUAUUUUUACAAUUUGGAGCUCCUUAUAUAUUACAGAGCGAUAAUGGUCGAGAAUUUACCACAUUUGUAGUAGAGGAAAUGACAAACCUGUGGCCUGAGUGUAAAAUUAUUCAUGGAAGGCCUCGAUACCCGCAAUCUCAAGGGAGUGUAGAGCGCUGUAAUCAAGACGUAGAAAACAUGUUGAGGGCAUGGAUGAUAGACAAUCAAAGCACUGAUUGGGGAAUGGGGUGUUAUUUUGUACAAUGGCAAAAAAAUUGCUCAAAACAUCGAAUAAUUAACAGAAGCCCUUAUAAAGCAUUAUUUGGAAGUGAACCAAAAAUAGGACUUUCUAGCAAAAACUUACCUAAUGAUAUCUUACAGUCGAUUACAACAGAAGAAGAUUUAAAUGAGUUAAUUAAUACUGAAGUAAGUGAUGAAGUAGAUAGUGACGAAGAAGCAGAAGAGACAUUCUCAAUUCGGAGGACAGGGUUAUCAAAAAUGUUUUUGCAAAACAUCGUGCAAAACAAAUAG